ACCAUUGCAUAUCCACCGAUCAUACAUUAUUCACAUAUAAUGCGUAUAUUAAAAAUUCCAUAUACAACCGAACCGGGUACCAUUGUUUACAGAAUCAAAGCCAGCAAUGCCGAUAAUGAUGAUAUUAUUUUUGGUAAGUAGUGGUGUUAGACGUUUUGAAUUUGAAUUUUUUUUUCGUCACCCGUUUUGUAAAGACGUUCUUGAAGAUUAUGGAAAAACAUUGAUACGUUUCGAUAAGAUUAAUCCAAACGAAGCAAAUGUUAUUCUUUUGUGUCCAUUGAAUAAAGAUUCUGAAUAUAAUCUAACAAUCUAUGCGAAUAGUGGUGAUGAAUCAACAUAUAUUGAAUCACGUUUAAUUGCAACCGAUAUUGAUGGAAUUGCCGCCGAAGAACUUAUUCCAUUUGUCAUCGAUAACGAUCCAAUUUAUGUGUUUGAGAAUGUAUCGCUCAACAAUUCGAUUGCCAUAAUUAAAGCCCAUGAACAAGAAUCAAGUGAACUUCCGGUCACGUUCGAAUUAUUGGAGGAUGGAAAUAUUUUUCAUUUCCGUUAUAUAUUUGGUCCUCGUGGUAUUACUAUAGCUGAAAUUACCAUAUUAAAACCAUUGGAUUAUGAACAACAAAAUCUUUACAUUUUAACCAUAUUAGCUUUAAAUGGUAAAACUAGACAAGAUAUCGACACAAGAAAUGUACAUCAAACACAUUUGACUAUUGUGGUCAAAGAUGUACAGGAUACAGCACCGAAAUUUGAAAAUUUGCCACAAACCACUCAUAUCAAUGCUUCGUAUCGUCCGAAUCAAACUCUGUUUAUUGUUCAAGCUCAAGAUGGUGAUGUCAUCGACAAACGAGAUUUAAUCUAUCAGAUAAAAAAACCAAAUGAUAGAUUUUUUAAAAUCAAUUCCAAUGGAACCAUAUCAACGCCAUUAUCUUUCGAUGAAUUGAAUGAAUUAUAUGAUAUACGAACACCGAUAACGUUAAUGAUUGAAGCCAAUGAAAUUGUAAAACAAAGUUUAUUGCCAAAUAAUUUGGCCGAAAAUAAUAAUUCAUCAUCCACAUCAUCUCAAUCACAUCUGAUAAUCAUAUUCAAUUUGAAUAAUCGAAAACCUCAUUUUUCACAGCCACAAUUUAUAGCCAACAUUGAUGAACAUAGUCCAUAUUUGACUUCAGUUCGUUGGUCAUCAUCAAAUGGCCACAAUCCAAUGGUAUCGGAUCCAGAUUAUGGUUUCAAUGGAACGUUUGUUCUUCGAGCUUAUGAUCCUACAAAUACAUUCAUCAUAUCACCAAUGAUUGGCUAUAAAAAUCUUACAUUUACAUUGUUGGUUAAUGAUUCUAAUUCAUUGGAUUAUGAAAAAUAUCAUAAUCUAAGCAUUCAUCUUAGCGUACAAGAUACAUCCGAAGAACAGCCUCUUUCAUCGAAUGUAACAUGCACAAUUUUUAUCAACGAUAUUAAUGAUAAUUAUCCCGAAUUCACACAAAAUAGAUACUAUAGUUCAAUGUUGGAAAAUGCUGUAGAAGGAACCACUGUGACCACUUUAUCGGCCACUGAUAAAGAUACUGGUGAUUUUGGCCGCAUUCGUUUUACUGAAAUACGUGGUCCUUUUGCACAGAAUUUCAAGAUUGAUCCUGUAACCGGGACAAUCAUUUUGAUUAGCAACAAUCAUGAUAUCGAUCGUGAAAGUAUGGAAGAAAUUUUUCUAACAAUCGAAGCACGUGAUAACAAUGGCCAAGGAAAUCGUAAUACUACCGAAUUAUAUUUACAAAUUUUAGAUGUCAAUGACAAUCAACCAUUAUUUUUACAGCCAUAUUAUGUGGGAAUUCUUAAAAAUGAUCUCAAGGAAUUUAUUCAUCCAUUAAAAUUAGAUGCAAUAGAUAUUGAUCAAAUAAAUACAACCAACAGUAUGGUGAACUAUGAAAUUUUACAGGGAAAUUUUGAAAAUAUGUUCGAAAUUGAUCGACAAAGUGGCGGUAUAAAACUUACAAAAUACGAUGUUCAUGAUCAACGAUCAUCCACAUUGAAUGCCAUUCCUAGCUUAAUAAGUUUGACUGUUCGUGCAUAUGAUUUUGGUAUUCCACAAUUGUCAUCGUUGGUCAAAGUUUUCAUCUAUGUUCUGAAUACGCCAACAUAUCUGCCAACAUUGUUUUCCACGAAUAAAAUACUCGAUAUUCGUAAUGGAAACAGUUCGUUAGAAAAAUCUUUGAGCUUAAUUACCGGUGGUAACGUAACAGUGAAAGAGUUACGUUCACCUGAAACGCCCAAUGAACCAAUAAAAAUUGUUACAAUGGUCCGUUAUCAAAAUGAAAAUAUUAUCGAUCUUGACAAUCUAGCAUCAGCAUAUAAAAACUUGUUCUAUAUUCCACCUCAAACACCAACAUUAGUUUUACGACCAAACUUAUCAUCAUCAUCAUCAACAAUUCCAUCUAUCCAUGCCACUAAUAUUCCAGUUACUGUUCCAGUUGUAACAAGUAAAAAUAUCAAUGAACAACAACAGCAUACAUUCAUCAGUAGAACUCAUCAUCAUGAAGUGGAUUCCAGUUCCUCAUCAUCAUCAUCAUCAUCAUCGAAAAUUUCAAGAGAUCGAAUAACCGAAUCAAAUAGUCAUCAAGAUGUGGCUGAUUACAAUGAUGAACAAUCUGAUGAACAAGGCCAGGAAAAUAGUGAUCCAUUAGUUGUACGGACUUCGUCCACUGUUGGAUUUUUAAACUUUCUCAUGUAUUUUCUAUUGGCCUUGAUUCUUAUGUUUCUCAUUUUUCUUUGUUUUCUUUGUUGUUGUUAUUGUUGGAGCAAAGGGGAUUCCGAAACAUUAUUUGAUUGGAAAAAUAUCUGGUUCCUACAAAAUCAUAAUAGUGGCAAUAAAUAUCAGAAACGAAAACGACGAAUGACCGAAAAUCAUCCAAAUCAACGGCAUCAUGUUAGUCAACAUCGAAAACAACGAAAUGAAAGUAAAGUAAUGACUAUUUCAAAUCAGCAACAGCAACAGCAGCAACAACAACAUUCAAAACAACUGGCUAAACAAGAAUCAUCCAUUGUAAGUUAUGGACAUCAUGAUAAUGAUUGGUUUCAAGCAUUGGAACAAAAACUUCAAGGCGAAGAUGGAGAUGUUGAAUAUGAGAUUAAAGAAGAGAAAAAAUAUUCAAAUACACCACGUACAAUGUCAUAUUGUAUCAGUAAGAAAAUCAUAAGACCUAAGCCAAAUCAAAAGCAACAACAACAACAACCAGAACAUUCACGACAAGUGGACAUUUUAAAUCUGGAAAAUGGUGCAACUAAAGUGGAACAUCAUCGUCUGUUUCCAAGGAAAAAAAAUUCCGUUAGGCCAUAUGAAACGAUCGAACAACAAGAGGAUAAAAAUCAAUCAAAUAUUGAUUUGGCCAUCAAUCAAAGUACAAAAUUUGCACAAUUAAAUAAACAGGCAAGUAAUCUAAAUAAAUCACCGACAAAUCGAAUGAUUGGCACGGAUAUGUUACAGAUUUGUCCACAAACAAUGCAUAGACGUAGUAUAUUUUCCAUUGCUUAUGAUGGUAUUGAACAUCGAGAAAAUAUUUCAUCAUCUGAAUCAAAUCAAACAAUAAUGCAUAUUUAA